AUGGGUAUCGUCGCCAACCUCGUGGCCGCCGCAGGCAUCCUGUCCGCGUGCUCGUCCAGCUUUGCCACCGUCGCGAGCCCCUGCCAGCCGCGUGGCAUCCCCCGCGCAGUGACGGCCCAGGGCACCAUCACCGGCGCCCGGGACGCGCACGGCAACUCGGUGUUUCUCGGAAUCCCGUUCGCCGCAACCACCGGCGGCGAGAACAGGUGGCGUGCUCCGCAGCCCGUCGUCCCGUCCAAGGAACCCUUCGCCGCGGUCGCUUACGGACCGACCUGUCCCCAGGCACCAGGGCAGGGGACCGAUUCGUGGUCGCGCCAGGAUGAGGACUGCUUGAACCUUAACAUCUGGACGCCAAAGUCUGGCGAGAAGCUCCCCGUCCUGGUGUACAUGUACGGCGGUGCCAUGGUCACGGGUUCCAGCAGCAACCCUGGCAUCCAGGGAACCAACUUUGCCAACAAGGGUGUCGUCUAUGUCAACUUCAACACGCGCGAGAGCAUCUUUGCCUCGCCCCACUCGUCCGAGCUUGAUGCUUCCAACCCUGACGAGUCGCAGAACUUUAGCAUUCUGGAUGUCGACAAGGCGCUCGAGUGGGUCCGGGAGAACAUUGAGGCCUUCGGUGGCGACCCCGACCACAUCGUCUUUGCGGGUCACUCGUCCGGCUCUGUGCAGGUCGACCACUACCUGUGGAACCACCCCGACACCUUCCUGAAGGGCGCCGCCGAGAUGUCAGCCAACUCCAUGUCGGGCCCAGCCUUUGCGCCCGCCGACCAGGCGCUAGACAAGAUGGCCGCGGAGCUGGGCUGCCCCAGCGCCGCGGCCGGCGGCCAGAUCGAGUGCCUGCGCAAGGUGGACGCCGAGGCGUUCAAGACGGAGCAGUUCAACGGGUUCCUCAACACCGUCUUCACGCCCGUCAUCGACGAAAAGACGCGGCACCGCGACUACGCGGCCCGCUUCGCCGCCGGACAGUACGCUUCGCACGUGCCGCUGCUGACGGGCCUGUCCGACGGCGAGGGCACCAUCUUCUCGCUCGUCUACGGCGCCGAGAAUGGAAACUUUACCGAGUGGAUCCGGUCCUUCGACGCCGACGUCGCGCAGCUCGACCCGGCCGUGCUCGAGGCCGCCUACCCGGCCGGCGACUUUGCAUCCGAGUCGCUGCGCAGCGGCGCCCUGUACGGCGACGCCCGCUUCAACUGCCCCGUCGACUACUACGUCGACCUGAGGUCCGAGGUCCAGCCCACCUGGCACUACCGCUUCUUUGGCAAGUAUGACAACGUCGUCGGCGUCCCCGGCACCGCACCUACCCAUGGCACUGAAGUGCCCUUCUUCCACGGCGGCAACGAAUGCUUCUCUGGCCUUUCGAACGUCACUACGGCGCAGCAGGCCCUGGCCGACUCCAUUCACGACAUGUUCGUCUCCUGGAUCAAGAAGCCUGCUGCUGGCCCUGGUUGGGACAGGGUGAAGCCCAAGUCGGGACCGUUGGUCAAGCUGGGCGUGCCUGGUGAUGAGCUUUCGAGGAUCCCGGGUGAGACUGGCGAGUUCAACGCUAGGUGUCAAACCGUUUACAACCCCAAAUUCCCAGAGUACCCAGUUGUGCAGUCCAUCUUGUAA